GUCCGAAGCGUUCGCAGUGCAGUCCAGAGAUAACCACCGAGCGCUAUCAUAGUAUAACAUUAAACCACCAUGGCCGAGCACAGUACGGACAAUUUCAGCCACCAAGUCCCAGCUUGGCUGAAUGAUCAGUUUUUCGAGGAAAUUUUGCGAAAGGCCGAAAAUGACCCUACGCUCCAGGUUGUGCCGGGUUGCGAACUACGUCCCGCCACCCAAGGAGACCACUACGGUAGUGUUAUGUUCCGCACUGCGGUUCGCUAUCAAUCAAAACGGGCGACCGGCGGCGAGCAGGAAAUACAUCUCAUCGUCAAAACUCAAUCAACAGCUGAGGGAUACAAGAAGGAGGUAUCCAAAGGUGGCAGUUUAUUCGCUAAGGAAAUUUACAUGUACACCGAAGUCCUUCCGGCGGUGGUGAAAGUGCUGGGGGAUGUGGGCGAAGACUUUGAAGUUGCUCGGCUGAUUCACGCAUCGAUGGAACCGAAUACAGUCAUUAUCUUGGAGGAUUUGACACCAAAGGGUUGGUUGCCCAGUCGUGUCUGUAUUGGAAGCCUUGAGGAAGCUAUGACAACCAUAAGAAAUGUGGCAAAUUUACACGCAGCUUCGCUUCAUCUCAAUCAGCAAAAGACCAUGGAUUUAUCAGCAAACAGCAUAAAGGAGAUUCUAUGCGAAGGCAUUGUACUCACCCAAUUUAGCACGAGGUUCGAAGAAUUUUGCGACGCCGUGGGAAAAUGGGACGACUGCAAAGUAUUCACCGAAAAGUUAAGAAAUCUACUCAAAUCCGUGGGCGAAAAGUACGGUGAGGUGUACACCCCCAACCCGCCAUCCCUGGGCUACAACGUGCUCAACCAUGGAGACUUCAACUGGAAGAACAUCCUGAUCAAGAAGAACUCCGACGAGCGGAUCGUGGACUCCAUACUGAUUGACUACCAGUGCUGCCACUGGGGAACGCCGGCCAUCGAUGUCCUGUAUCUGUUGGAUGUGAUGGUGGAUAAUGGUACCAAGAGGGCGCACCGGAAUCGAAUCCUGUACGAGUAUCACCGGCAAUUUUCGACAGUUUUGGGCAAGCUUGGAUACAUGGGGAAAAUCCCUACUUUGGUUGACUUGCAAAUGGAGCUGCUACGGAAAGGAUUCCUUGAGGUCAUGCACGUGGUUGUUUUCGAAAAGUUCAAGUUUGAAACGCUUACGGACACCACGUUCGACAACUUCGAUCAGGGCAAUCCAGACGAUCCCUGCUAUCAGAAUCAAGUGUUCAGCAGUAUCAUUCGAUCGGAGUUGCCUGCGUUGAUGUACCGAGGCCUGUUGGACCAGUGAUGUGGAUUUUCAGACUGUAAAAACGGGGCAUUUGAAUGUUCAUGUCUGUGUUGUACGCAGGGUGAUGAUGGCUUCGGUAGUAUCUAAACAUAUUUUCAUUCGCAGUUAGAUGAAAAAUAGCACAUUGUUAGACAAAAAAUUGCCAUGUCUGGUACAGUCAGGUCUUUUUUUACGCGGUUUUCAUUUACGCGGGCGCGUAAAUGAAAACUCCAUACAAAAAAACCUGACUGUAAUAAGUUAAUAUCUCCGCAAGUCAUCAUAUUCCUUAGAUUAAUAUACAUUUUAAUAAAAAGAGAAAAUCGCUAAAUAAUUAAAAAAAAACUUGAAUUUUCUUCAUACGAUGUCAACGAUGACUUGUACUGGCACAGGAUACAGCUGUAACAGUGCUGUUUUCUCGAACUUUGCUUCCUUAAGGCGGCGUUGUUUUAUUGUCCCGGAAGAAGCAAAUCAACUGUUUCCAUGAUUUGCCGGGCUUUAUGAUGCAGUAUUACAGCCGGCUAUUCGUUCUUGUCCUUCGAGCGCUUCUCUUUAAUUCGUUCUUUCCGUUGACUCUGCUUCGUAUACAGGACGGCAGCGUCCUUUUGAAAUAACUACUUUGACUCCAGCAGUCCUUCAGAUCGACCACAUUGAGCCCUUCUGUCUCGUCCAGCAACGCUGCGCGUAUACAAUGGCGCCAUCUGAUUUCUUUAGUCACUCUAAAGCGAAAAAGGUCGUAUCGAAGCGAUCAUCGCCUCGGUUGAGAACGUGGAACGGAGUUGAGUUGACGGAAUGAAUAGUUCGACGUCGAGCUCAUAGCGAAAUCUUGUUUGUCGUGUUUCGUAUUGCAUGUAUCUUGGUAGCAGCAAAGUGUAUCCAAUUCAACUCAAAGUCAUAUCUAUACAGUCUUACACACUAUGAUUUUCUGCUGCGUGUGGAUCGGGUGACCCUGUCGCACCUGGGUGCUGAUUUAUUGUCGUUCGAAACAGCCUGGAGUGGAUGAAGGUGAGCAAGUAGUACCGAACCUUCGCUUGCAGUUUUCAGGAUCAGGACCUUCCAGCAGAUAAGGGUUGAAGAAACUCCGUCUACUUUGCCAGCCGCAUCCCGAAUUACCCGGCUUUGGGAUCCGGAUCUCGACCCUCCACGGAACACCUGUCUCAAAUCCAAACGUCGUAAGUCGUGUGGCGAGACAUGGCGAACUCUUUGGCAAUCCUCUCUUACAGCAACAAGUCCUCAUCGAUGAAUGCGAAAACCAUUAAACUUUUUCCAUUCCCAUAGGGUACGACGGGUAGAACUCGGGACAAAGUAUAACCGUCCUUCGGUGGACAUCCGAAUGCGUCAUUGAAGGGAAGGCAGAAGUUUUACGGAGAAGGUUAUGAUGUCCCAGUCCACACCACUCGAUGCAAUUUUUCUACAAACAAUUAAACGUUGGUGCAGACUUUUCAAAGUGACCCAAUCUAUCCGCACCUGGGACCAUUCCUCAUCGGUAGUCCUCCUCUCAUCAUCAGCCCCAGUAACCAGCAGUCUGACGAAAGGAGGCCAAGUCACCUACUACUACGCCUUCGCCCUAUCAGCGCAGCCGUCGUAGAGUCCACCAUCUGCCUGAACUGCUCGAUCGAUCACCGAGCAGACAUAAAGCUACAAAAAAGAUCCGUUGACCUUGGCGACCUCGUAGGACAUUGUAUACACCAACUCCAGGACUGGGAAAUCCCACGUUGUCCAUUUACCGUUACCAACAAGUACUCGAUGGGGAGUGGAAGCUCAGGUAAAAUAUUAUCUCCUGGGCGCCCAUUAAAAACACCACCCCCGGCGAAAGACUGACGCUUGAGCCUAGCUAUUUAGCACUGUAGUUGGAGGAAAUGCCAAUGCAUAACCCGUAGCUUCCGGGAAGGUAAGCCCAGCUCCCUGGGUUAGUGGGUUGGUGUCAGGCCCUGCGAGCCAGCCGUAAAAAAGACUAGCACCGGAAAAUCAACAAGAGAAGAAUGCGAACCGAUACCAAUGGCGACGACCACAGCGACGAAAAGGGACUUGCGAUACGUGGAACUGCAGAUCUCUCAACUUCAUCGGGAGCACCCGCAUGCUCGCCGAUCUACUGAAGGACCGCGGGUUCGGCAUCGUAGCGCUGCAGGAGGUGUGUUGGACAGUGUGGUACCUUGUGGUAUGCACAUAAUAAAUUAUUGUAUUACUCUAUUACGUUUAGCGUGUAUGUUUACAUUGAGUAUCUGUCAUAUGUGGAGAUGUUGUUAUUGUUGUCUGGAGUGUGAAUCAUUGUAUGUAAUAUUGAAGUAUCGGUAAUAAAGUGUAUACAAAUAAUGAAUACA